AUGGCCUCGGUUAACAUAACUUCGGCUCUUAACAAAAUUGGAUUAACAAGGUUUGGUGGAAUAUUUCUCUGGCUGAUUCUUCAUCGACAGUUUGUCGGUAAGCUUAAGGCUUUCAAUGCUUUGUUUAUCACUUACAUGGUUUUCGUAUCUGUAAGUUUUUGUGAUGUAGCUUUGAUAUCAGCGGGAAUCAUGCUCCAAACAAGGUCGUGAGCGUAUGGCUGUUGAGACGGUGUAAAGCAUAUAAUUCUCAUCUUGUGUACUUGAUUCAUACAUAAGAUCGUAAAUAUUCGUAGAUCACAUGCAUUUGCGAUUCAUAGUUUUCGACUUAUCAUGGGGAGAUAGAUUCUGUCGAAGCACUGAGGAUGUCUUAAUGCAAGGUCCAAUAUAUUUUGAUAACAAUUACAUUCUUCAAAGCAGAAGAAAAUUAGCUCACAUUUAAGACGCUUUUUCCUUUAAUCGUAUGGUCGUUGAGUCAUAAAGGCUGGCUGGCUUUGUAUUUAUGUUAUCGGAUUUCACCCGUGAAAGUCAUGUUUUUGUUUAGUCAAAAUAUAACACUGACUCACAAGGAGAUAAUCUGUUUUAUUUAACGGAAUAAGGAAACCGAGAAAACUUAAGCAAAGGGGCUAGGAGCCGUAGAUUGAUUUAUUACUCUUAGUGAUCAAGUUUACAAGUGCGUUUCAACUUGAUCAAUGAUUCGAAAUGACGACAAUUUCGCCGAAACAUUCCAGGUUCCUUUGUGCAAAUUAGGUUGCCAUCUGUGGAUGUAAACAUAAAUAAGGCGAAGAUAGGCGUAGAACUGUUAUUAUGUUUAAAUUUUACGACCAAAAUAUGACACAAUCCGCUGUCUGGAAAGAUUGAAGCUCGAAAAGGAAAAACGAAUAUACACAUUGGGUUGUUGAGUCUUGCGUGACUAGUGUUAUGUUACGCGUGAUUGUUGUCAUGCUUUUAGCUUGAACACGAUUAUGGUUUCUGUGAUCUGUCAAUUUCCCUUUCUUCUAUUGGGCGAUUGUUAUUGUGCGUAAGAUGAUAUGUACUCUAAAUCCAUAGCAUCGCUCGCGAUUUUGAAAGAUGAACUCCAAUGUUUGCUAACGCUUUCACAUUUGUUAAUGUUUGUUUAUACUGAGGUUCUGCUUAGAGUUAGUGUUAAAUUGUUACCAAAAAUAGAGGUAAGCUUUGUUGUCAACUGCAGCUUUUCCCUGCUCAGCACUGCAAAUGCUAAAUGAGCCUAACAUGAGUUUUAAUUUUCUUUUUUUUAUUUUUAACUUUUUUGAUGUUAUGCAGAAGAGAAUUGAUUACGUAACGUGCUUUCAUUUAGCACUCGCCUAAGGAAGGCUUACAGGCGGAAAUGGUUCAUUGGCUUUUAAGAGAUCGACAACAAUGUGUUGAUAACGGCUAAAUAUUAUUGUUUGAGGUUUCCUGCGUAAUUGGAGGUGUAAACUUAACAAUUAAUUCUUAGAAUCAUUGUGGUCAGAAAUAAAUAAUUUAGUUCUCUGGCGUCUUCACGUCGACCACAUUAAUAUCCGGAGUGUUUGGUUUGGCGCUGUGUCACAAAUGUGAAAUGCAAAAGCAAAUGCCGCUAGCAAUGUUUUAAUGUGUCUGUCUUUAUUGUUAAAUUUGAAAAGAUCCGAAGCUGUUCUUAAUCAAACUGAUAAGAGCUUCAGACAGGCACAAGGAACUGAAUUGCCCUUUGUACUAAAAACCAAAAGAGAACAUAAGCUGUCUCUACGAAAAGUUUUCCUUCUUUCGAAUAUUCAGAACCUCAGUUCAUUUUUCUAUUGUUGUUAUUUUAUAUUUUUGAACUCCUUGGACAUCCCAAGGGCAAAAGACAAGAAAGGCUCUGGAAUGCUCUUAAUAACGCAAACAUAUUGCGAGGGCUUUUUUCUGCUAGAAAAUGGCUUUAUUUUAAUUCAUAGAUAUAUUAAUUUUUGCAACGUCACCCUCUAAGAGUGCCUAAUCAAAAAAAACCGGCUAUUUUAAUUUCCCAUUUAUGAAAGGCUCUUUGUCGUUGUUAAAGUGUUCUAGAUCUUACUGAUUGCCCCUCGAUCGACACCUCUCACGCGAUAAACGUCGAAUGACUCGCCGUCGUGAUUCUUGCCGUACCUCUUUAGUUAAAUACCAGUUGAAUACGAUGUCGUCGCUUUUAUUUGUAAAGCAUAGUUUCAGUUAUAUUCAACUUGAAAGAAAAAUGGAAGGAACAACAUCCUCAACUUCUUAUCACAAAUCAUUCUUCUCUCUACUAAAAAUUCUAAAAUUACUAAGCUAUCGUUACAAACGAGAAAGUUGGUUUUUUCUUUUCCUUCUUCUCCUCUAAGGGCAAAAUUAGUCUUCCUGCUAAUGACUGUUUUCUUAAGUGUUUUAUUCUUUAACCCCUGCCCGUCUUGAAACGUUCUUUCAGUAACGGCUUGAUAUUUUCCUUCACUCUAACGAUAAUUUUCACCUUAAAUUUGUGAAUUUUUUAUUAUUGAAAUUGAAAAACAAUUGCUGGACUGACAAGAACAUCUCUUAUUGGGGGGAAGGGGGAUGGGGGCUUGUGGUAAGAAGUCAUAUUGUAUAAAGUUCUCAAAAUGAUAGAUAAAAUUUUAGGCGUGCAGUGAUAUUACGUAAUAUCUUAAAAGUGGCUGCCUCUUUGGCCUACAAAAAGAAAGCAGUUUAGAGAUCGAUAAUUUUACCACCCCUCUCCUAACACAAGAUUCAUGGAAAUCAAACUACACCAUUCUAGAAAUGUAGCAAACGAAUAUUUUAACAAAAGUAACUAGAAGUGAUCGAAUAUUUUGCAAAAAUAAGUGAUUUAGGGUUAUUCAGUUUAAAUCCAUUCUUCAAAGAACAGUUACCUCUUAGUUCAGGAUAAACAAAAUUUGGAGUGAUUGAAAAGUUAUAUUGGUGGGAACACUCUUACUGUUAAUGUAAAUUUUACGUUCGUGCAGCUGAGACAGGAAAAACGAGUACUAAGAGGGAAAAGAGGGCUCCCUUGGCACUGCCAUAACCGUUAUUGUAUCUGUCAGCUUGGGUAGCAUAGCAUUGGGAUUACUUCAAGUUGCUUUGUAAACAGGUCAAUUGAAAAAGGAAGUGUGUUUACCUUUUAACUCUCAUGAGUGAUCAAGACAGAAUUUCUCCUUCUCCUUAAUUGAUCCAAUAUUCAAUUUUCCGAACUGACGUAAGGCAAACAAUAAGGAGAAUUCAGUCCUUAUGAGAACUUGGGUGUGAAAGGGAUAAUAAUAUGGUUACCCUCUAAGGAGGGUAACCGUUACUCUUCUCUGUAUGAUAAAUUAAAAAGAUUAUGUCUUACUUCAAAAUGUUGUAGCCACUACAGUACUGUGGACAAAACCAGCCCCAAGUUGGACCCAAACGGAUUCAAAUGACAUCAGAACAGUUGAUAUUCAAGUGUUGAAGGGCAGCACCCACAUACAUCUCAGUUGGAAUUACACUUUGUCAGAAGGUUCAGAUCUGAGGACAACAACUUUUUCCAUCAGUGAUGGCAGCAGCUGGAAUGACAUUGGAGUUAUAUACCAUGCUGACAAUAACAUUGUGAUAUAUAACAAAAAUAAUUACAGGACGCGAUUUAAUAUCAGCGAUAGCAAUGUGGCCACCCUGAUAUUAAAAAAAGUGACUGAGGAUGAACAAGCGAUUUUCCAAUGCAAGCUCUCCACGCUAAGUAACUCUUGGACCUACAGUAUUCUCGUGAAUUUUACAAGUAAGUGUCAGUUCGGUGUUAUCCAUCUUAUUGCAUCCGACGCAUUGUGUAAAACUCCAGUCUUAAAUCACUCUCGUUACUUUUUAUUGUUUAAUUUACCAACCAUCCCAACUGUGUCUCUUUGAUAAAAAUGUCUGGUUUUGGUAUCCGUAAUUCCCCUCUGUAUUCAAUCUGUCUCAAGAUAUACUAUUACCUUGACCAAACUUUCAAACCCAGUGUCGAGCUUUGGAAGGAUUUCCUAUUUUUGAUCUACAGUCAAGACCCUUUAUAGUUACAGUAGCUGGUAGCCCCACCAAGAUGUUAUGGGGUCUAGAGUUACCCGGAGUGAUCAGCAAGCUACAGUUAUAGCACGCAUAGCUGUUCGCAUGUCUGAGAAAGUUGACAGAAAAAGCGCCCAAUUUUUCUUAAAAUGACCCCAAGUGCCCCAAAACUAUGCAAAACAGCAUAACCCAAAAACCAGCUUUAAACCAUUCUUAUAACCACGCCGGUAAUGCAAUGGUCUUUGUAUUAUCUCCUUAGAGUCAAAGAGUCUCAAUUGGGAGUGUAUAUCACAUUAAAAGCAGAACCAUGUGCAAUUUCCGCUUUGAAGGUGCAAUAGUGUGACGUAUGGGAAGAAUGGCGGUUUAAAUUGAUUUAGAAUUGACGAUUUUGGCUUGUUUUUUUGCCAGAGCGACAUCUGAAUUGGGUGGAGCGACCGUUAUCUGUUGUUGCUGUUGAACGUCACAACCUCACCCUUCGGUGGACCUAUAUGAAGACACUUGGCCUAGCGUCGUCAUUUCGAGAUGCAGAAUUUACUGAUCUUAGCAGCGGGGAAAAAACCAUUGCAGAGAAAAUGUUAAAUACUGCACCAAUCGUACAUACAGCUUAUAGACCUCGAUUCCAUGUGGAUUAUAUACAAGAUACUAUGGCGUCUAUAACAAUUGUUGGACUGAAAAGAUCAGACAGAGGAAGAUAUAGAUUUGAUGUUAAAACCCUCAGGAAGGACAUCGACGAACUGAACACGCUCUCCAGUAUCAUGGAACUCACAGUGCAUUGUAAGUAAACAAACAAAAGCUGUGUUUGGUCAUGUAAAAUGUAGCUUAUAUCUCUAAAACCAAGGUGUUUUUUUACUCAGUAUAAUGCGUAUCAUAACCAACGUAAGUUGCAACUUCAUUGGGAUGGAUCGCCAUUAUUGUGAUUGUGAUUAUCGUUAUCCUUUUUGCUUCAUCAUUAUCGUAAAGGUCAUUGACAUCGUUACUUUUAAUUCUUUUCUGCAUUCAUUUUUUCGUUGUCGUCGUUGCUCAAUUCUUUUUCUUCCUCCUGCAGAAAGUGACAACGUUUACAUUUUGGGCGAUACUUGUCGCUGUUACUUUAGGAUCAUUGUAUAUAUACGUAGCUUUUGCCAGACAGCGUGUUAUAUAACUUUCUCGUAUGGUGUUCUUUUAUUUUUGUGUUAAAUAAGCGCGGUCGCAACUAGUAAAGCAAUGUGUGGAUUUGACUUUAACGAUAGUUUACUCGUUCUCUCUCUACUUUUUCUAACUAGUAAAAUGUGAUUUAUUUUCAGAUGCGGCGAACAUGACUAAUGUUAGCGACCACCAAACUGUGCAAGAAGGAUCUUAUCUUCAACUGUUAUGUCAAGCAUUUGGCAAUCCAACCCCAAACAUAACGUGGACCAAAGUGCUUGAAAAUAGUAACGAUAGUAAAUUGCUGCAUCAUGGAACCCAUUGGAAUUUAACAAAAAUUAACAGAACUGCUUCUGGUUUAUACAACUGUACAGCUGACAAUGGAAUUGGAAAUCCAGUGUGGCGGCUGAUAAAAGUCAAUGUUACCUGUAGGUGUAUCAUACCUUGUCACCGCUUUGAUUAGCAUUGAGAAUUUUGAUUCCCGUUAUUUUUCCGUCUCCCAAAACAACUGGUAAACCAAAAAAUGCCUCGGUUGACGUUCAAGAAGUAUGAGUGAUAAAUAUCUUUAAUAAGGUACUUCAAAAACCUCUUGACCCGGUGAAAGCAUUUGUGAAAAGUACUGUUGUCAGCGUCAAGGACUGACGCUUCGACGACAUAUACAGAAACUGAAAAGUUGCUUGUCAAAGAUAGGUGAAAGGGUUAUGGUAAAUGUUCGGCCUGUUUUACUGUGAUCUUGUUUACUACAAAAGUUAAUCAGCGUCGGCAAUUCAUCCUAACAGCAGACGCUAGCUGAAGUGGAUUAUUUUUACUCUUCUCUGCUUGUUUUUGUUACUUAGAUUCUGCUAAGGUUGUUAAACUUGCUAGCGAACAUCACGUUGCAGUACAAGGAAGUGUGAGUCUUCACUGCGAAGCCGAAGGAAAUCCUCCGCCUGCUUACACGUGGUUCCCUUGUGAUUCAAAGACCCAAGCAUGUCAUGAGAGCACACUUACUGUUUCCAACGCUCUUAACGACGCUGUGUACUCUUGCAAUGUGGCAAAUGUUUUGGGUAAUGAUACAAGAGAGACCAAAGUUGGUAAGUUAUAAUUAAUCGAUGCUAACUUAGAGUUAUGAGGAAUUUUUACAUAGCUUCCUUUAUGAAAAUUUAAUAACAACUUCACAGAUCUCCAUUGGUAUAGCAAACGAUCACUGAAUGUAACUUGUUCCUACAUGUAUUUAAACCUGAUCAUCACCUGCAAAUAAUUAUAUAUAUUCAAGGAAAGUUUAAUCAUACUCGGCCAAGCACUGGAAUAGCUAAUAUUAUGAAAUGAUUAAGAUUUCACGGGGUCAUAAUCAGUCAUAUCUUUCUUUGUGGAAACCCAUAAGUCAUCAUGCUAGCCAUACCAUGCUGACGAGGCUCAGCAAGACUGAAAUAGCUGACAUAGUUGUUAACUCGGUGUCUUAAUUUUCCCGCUUAUUUUCUUUGAAAAAGACCUCACUUGACUUCCAUUGUUGCCGCUGUGUCGCCUCCAGAAGCAUAACACAGCUUUAAACUAAUGUUGCUUGUUUGUUUUAUCAAACAGUUAUAGCAGGCAAUGUGAUAAAUGUGACACUUUUCAUCAGUGAACAGUGUCCUGAUGAAAAUUUAUCUGAAUCCGUGUUGUGGAAGAACCUCGAACAAAAGGUAACUAUUAGGCAUGUGACACCACCACACACGUAAAUAGAUACCUUUAUUCAGCAGAACGGUGAUGAUGUGCAUAUGGGAUUCGCAUUGUAUAACUUUGCUAUCGUUUCUUGUAGAUCGAAGACCUAUUUAAAAAUGAAGGAUACAGGAGCACAGAAUUAACAAAUUACAGGUAUGUAGGCGAAAUGAAUUAUUACCUAGGUAAUCUGUCCUUUUUAUGUAUUUAGAAAGAUGUUGCUGUGGACUUACUGUGACUCAGGCAAAAACAUGAUGUAUUACAAUAGCUGGAAUUCCUACCCUACUCUUUACGAAAUGUGUGCAGGUUAUUUUUCAGUCCUCUGUUGAACUUAUUACAUUGAGGAUGCACGAGAAAGGGGCCUAAGGUUUGAAGCCAGUUACCCUGAGAUACUAGAAAGUCUUAGGAUUUACAGCUGUUCUUAUAAGUAGACCUGUUUUUAAAUUCUUGUUUUUGUUCUGACCCUCCUAGGUGUGGUAGCGUGAUUGUUGAUUUGGCCUUGAAGUUCAAUUCCUCUGUUAAAGAAGAGAAGGUGCUUUCAAUGCUAAAAGAUUCUGCAGAGAAUGGAGGGCUGAAAGAGUUGGGUGUGAAAGCUUCAGAAAUAGUAGGUUGGCGACCCGGAAGGCCAACUGAAGGACCCAACAGCUCAACGUAUGGCACAAAAACUACUGAAAAUGCAUGUAAGUAGGAAUGAAAAGCGAGGAUAUGACUAGGACCAGUCCAGGACAUUAUUAGUUGCUGUAAGAUGUGGUGUGUUAUAAUUUUUUUAAUCACCUUUUAAAGUUGAUAACUUACAAGUAUAGAUAAAUCGAUGCCACUAUUGUCUCCGGAGGGGAAUCGAUUCGUUGGUAAGGCAAGCUCCUGACGUAAUUAUAUUUGCUAGGAUAUUCUGAAGUGUGGCCAACAAUAUCAAUUUUAAAAAACACUACAUGAUGGACGAUUUUUUUUUUCUUCUGUCAGAUAAAGUAAUGUUAAAAGUAGAAAACAUGAAAAACUGCUGAAAGCUUUGGCUACUUAACCUUUUUCAGCAUUGUGAUUUGCGACUCGUGACUCUUUACAUUCGCUAGCCAGUGAAUUUAAACUUGUUUGUGCUUGCAUUAAAUUGAAUGCCUCAGCUUUACAUUAGUUACAUUUACAUUACUUCCUUUCCUCAGCAUCCGCUGUACCUUCCGAACUCCCUGCUCAGAGCGGGGAUAACCAAGGUCUUAAAGAUUGGAUGAUUGCUGUUAUAGCUGGUGCUUCUGGUCUUGUCCUCCUCUUUGUCGUUAUAUUCUUACUUUGUUGGAUCAGUAAAACUCAGAAGAAGAAGAAGGGCUCCGGAGGUAAGAAAAUCACGCUGUAAGUAUUACCAUUAGUGUAACACUGACACCACUAUCGUUUCAUCUCCCGCGAUUUUGAAACCUUUUUAAUUAUCUCCCACCCACCCCUCCCUACCCCGCGGGGCGAGAAGGUUCAUGUGAAAGUAAAAGCCGCUACCCGGUCAAAGCUGCUUUCCUCGACGUUGAACAUACAUGUCCAAUGUACUUGUAUAAAUCAAGUUGGUGUCGAUUAUAUCAAAAGCUAAGAGAAACGCGACUUAAGUUUGUGCCUGGUUUUCUCUUUACUUUGGGUGACAAUACGAGAGACGGUUUCCCUUUGCUGAUACUCCACGACCACAUGAACUUCAUGCUAAUUACUUUCAGACCUCUUUUUUAUUAUGAAUAAUUUCUUCGAGUUUACGAUGUAACAUAGUUUAAUCUGAUGAUAGUACCGGGCAUGUCAUAUUAACAAAUACUUAUACAUUUCUUUUUGCUUUCUUUCAAGAUGAAGCCGUUGACAUGUCGACUACUUCGAGGUAAAUUUUACUUUUUUCUGUUGUGAUACUUUUCAUGCGAAAGAGCGCUGUCAAAUCUGCUUUCGCUUUUUACAGGUAAGGUAAAAUUGGUUACCGGGUUUGAUCGACUAGUUUAAUUAAUUCACUAACAGACGCACCAAAUUGCGGUAAUUACAACGUUUGGCUCGCAAUCAACAACUGAUUACGUUUGUGUAGCUCCAAAUAAGCGAUCAAACGGAUCACUAAGAAAUGAAAAGUACGGCCAGGUCACUUAGCUAGAGUGACAUUGGCGGCGUUAAAGGGUAAAUUUCCCACUUUCAAAGGCGAAUUUCAUUUGGUGAGGAGGAUCUUACGCUGAUAAGAACACUCUUGAGGUUACUUUGUUAUACAUCAUUUACUUCAUACAAAUUGACGUUGGCGGAAGGCAAUGUUUGAUAUCUGUGGUUGUAGCUAUUUGAUACUGGAGAGAGCCUUUUUGUUGGAGUCAAACACAUUCUCCAGUUUUUGUGAUUCGCUUUAUUCAUUCGUCCGUUUCUUUUUUCUUUUUUUGUUUAGGUACGUAAAGAAUGGCCCCCACCAUUCUGACAAGCCUAGCUCUAGCAGGGAAUCUAUUGAAGAUGAUCCAUUCAUUGCUGCGUCCACUUAUUCCCAGAAUUCAGUCGAUAGAAGGGACAGGAAGAGAGAUUCCAGUGUCAACUAUGGAUACCAACCAGACGGUAGAGAACUUAGACUUAAGCCAACAUUCUUGAUCCAUAUGAUGCCUUAUAAGGCUAACCGUACAGAGUUUUCUUGGUAAAGUUGAAUGUGGCUGUAAUUAAUGUAAAUAUUUCAUAGGAACAUAACUCAAAUCGCAGCCAUAGUUUAUUCCGGUUCCUGAAGCGUGAAGUUAGCCGGUUUGUUGGCUGCUUUCUGUGGAUGGGAUGUUAGCUCGUUGAAGUUAUCCCCUUUACCCAAUAUUUCGUCUAGUUUCUCUGACUAUUCACCGGUUAUCCUGUGUUGUUAUGUAGACAACUGCCUGGCUGCCCCCCACCACCUUUUUGUCUAUCUUAGAUUCAGAUCAACCACAAGGUGAAAUGCUGCUAAAAUCAGGCUCCCGUCUCCCCAAAAAUGACCGUCUUACGCAGAGUACAGGAGAGCUUGAUGUGACCUCCACAUAUUUAGCGAAAGGACCACAGAGAGAUUGCAGUACACUUCCCUCCUACCACAGACCACCCUCUUAUGAGGAAGCCUCGAAACAGAAAGAUCGAAUAAUGAUGACUGAACCAAGGCCGAGUACAUCCACAGGCGGCAGGCAGAAGCGACGGAAAAGUCCCCCGGAAGACAGGUUUCUGUAUCACCAUGUACUACAUUCACGUACUCUCUAUAAGUACCUCUAUUCAACUCUCUUUUCUAAGACCACUCAAUUUUUUUGCGUCGCAGUGAGUGGCUUCAUUCUUCCACGCUGUGCUUUGCAGUGCUUUGUUACGCUUUGCUGUGUUCUGUUGUGUUUGCUCAGGUCAGCUGUACUCCGCUUUUUCAUGCUCUCUUGUGAUGUGCUCCACAGGGCUGUGGUAGGCUGUAGCUACGUAAGCCAACCUGCUAUCACCGAGACUCCCAUCAAUUUUAGAACAUACCAUCCCAAUGAUCUUCCAAUUUUCCUUCACAGACGUUAGGACAACGUCUAUCAUCUCUUGGAAUCCCUAAUGCAUAUGUCGAAUUAUGAUUGUCAUAUUGUACACAGGGCGGAAGAAGCCAGUGUAGCACCAAGUGAAAUGAGGUCUAAUCAAGACGGACAUAGAAGUGACAAAGACAAAGGACCUCUUGAUCCAACGGCGAUAUAUGCCAUGCCAGACAAGAAAAAGAAGUUGGAUAAACAAAGUCCUGCAUCCCUUGAAUCAGUUUUUGGUAAGAUGAAUUGAAACUAAAAAAAAGAAUAAGAUUAAAUUGAAAAUUAAACACUUUAAUAGUACUGGAAGGAGAGCUUACUACUCAAAGGUGUAUGGCAGACGUCUUCUCGAAUGCAUCAAACAUUUCCCUCUGCCUGGUGUUACUUAUUUUACCCACGUUUUACUUGGGUCGUCUUACUUACAAAUCUUCCUUAAAGAAUUUAAGAUGUUCAUGAUCGUUUCCACCUACUCUUUUUCAUCGCUAGACCCUUUCAAAGCGAAGGACAAAUCUGCUAAAGGACCAAUUCUACAUAAUCCUGGCAACUUGGAUCUUGAUGGCCCCGCUAAUGCAUCUACAAGUGAGGGGCCAAGAAACUUAAUAAUCCCCAUUGAAAUGUUACCUAGCAACCGCCAAACGCCCCAAAAAGAUGAUACAGGUAGGUAACCAGUUGUUAAUUCUACGGGGUCGACUAAAGAACUAAAAAAAAAAAGGGAGAGAAGUUCGAGAGUAUAUUUCCUGCGUCAAGAAAUAUCUUAUGACCUCGAGCUGUGGUGUUAUAACUUAAAAAAUCUUUUCCAUGGCCUAUCUGUUCUUUUCUGGAGCCUUCCGUGGUCGCGUGAGGGCUCUUGACCAACAAGGGUCAGUGUUAUAAAGACGUCGUUUGAUAUCAUGGUCACAUAUGACACAAAAGUGAAAUUUUUCCAUUAAGGAACGAUCCACAUUUGCAGUCAUACUUCCGACUUUGCAACUACAAAGACACAAUGUGUGAUAACUAAGUGUUAUUGUUCUUUCUUUAGCCUUGACAACUGAAAAGUUUACUUACAUCUUGUGAUAUUUCCACUCAGAAAAUGGAAAAUCAGAGCCUUCAUCACCUCUUAAUUUCACUUUGGAAAAACGUCCACGGAACAGUUCAAGCGGUGCUGCACGUUAUCAGCCGGAGCGGAGUAAACUGGUAAAGUUCAUGGAAUAAGAUAGUUUCUUCAUUUCCGAAGUUAACUUUUACUCCACAUACUCCAAAAUAAUCAUGUACUUUGAAGUUGAUCAAACACAGAGACGAUUCUCUCGUAAAAAAACAUAGCUUUGACAUACGAUGCUCUGAUGUUUAUGAUAUACCAGCCAAACAAGAAGAGAAAAUUAUAUUUCUUUCCUUCACCCACUGCGCAAAAUCUUGCGUUUAGCCGGCAAGCUUCUCUAUUCUAUGGACCAGAGGAGACAUACUUACCUUUGUAAAACUCAGUUUAUGAAACAUGGAGUGUACGAAGGAAAGGAACACCAAUUUUCUUUUCUGCGCUUAUCAUAAAGAAAUAGUUGGGGAUGAUAAUUGUUCUGCCCUGUUAUCCUCGUGAAGGGAAACGCCUCUUGUAAUGUUUUCAAGGUUUCUUUAGAUCCUAUCACCUAAAUUGUAUCCGAACAAUUGGGUCCUAACACUCCAGGUCAAAGUGGCCCUUGUUCUUUUGUUGUGGUAGGAUAUCGCAUAAAUUUGCUUAAUUAUUGUUGACAUGUUUUUGUCAUAAAUUCCGAUCUUUUUCCCUUUAAUCCUGCAGCCAUAUAGGAAUGUCCGUGGAGAACUUGUGAGACCAGAUACACUAGACUCGCACGACAUAAAACCAGAAACACUUCCAAACCAGUCGAAGCCCGUUGGGUCCCAGACUCACAGCAGGGAAUCAUUGGAUGCAAGCUACAUCACCUACGUGGUCUGAUGGCGCGGUAAUCUGUCUUCCAAACAGGUCACUAUUGUUGCUUUGAACCCAAGACAUCUAAUUAACUUCCAUACAAGUAUCAGUAACAGCUAUGAGCCCAUCCGAGUAAAUAGCUUUUAGAGCUGUAGAAUGGCUUCAUUCAAGGAAGGCAACUUACGUCCACAUGGCCAGCCUUAAAAUUCCAUCUUUGGACCUGAUUCACUCAACUGGCCCGAUCUAACGAAAAUCUAACGAAAUUCAAAAAAGACUGAACAGUAAACUUAGACAUACUUACGUACAAUAAAGUUACCGUGGGAAUAUUGCUUGCCGAUAUAUCCCACGUAAGUGAACGGUGAACUUCGUAGAAUGGCUAAGUGCUGGUUACUGCUAAACAUUCGGAGUGUUUGCCGUUACACAGACGAAUACAGCGGCUUUGGGGUAUCACAUUUUUCAACCAAAGGGAUACAAUGCAUUUUUACCUUUCCGUAAGUUAAAAUGUUUAUAUUUGUGAAAAAUGCUUUGUGUCGCACAUAAAUGCGUAACAACAUCAAAAUAUAUAAUUAAGAAGGAAACCAACAACUGAAGAAAAGGUAACAUUCAUUAAGUACAUCAAUUUGUGGAAUUUUCGGUUUCAUUAAGAGAGACAGUCUUAUUCUCUCGGUAGUCAAUAUUAAAAAGAAGCUUCCAAAUAUUGUUUCUCGAACAAUUUGACUCGAAUUUUGGUGCACUGUAUGUUAAUAGUAGAGAGGUGAUUAACUUAAUUUUGUAGAGCGUUUCUUUCUUUUGGCAGUUAGUAUCAGGCUUUGAAGGCCGUGGUGAAUAGGGGGCAAUUGAGAGAAAUUCGACCAAGGGUUUUUUUUUUGUGAUUCGUUUUGCUACUAUUAGGUAGAAGCAGUAUGUAUUGAAACGGUUUAUUCACCUCCAUGUUGUUAUGAUGAUGGAUAUAUUCUUCACUUUUGGUAUAUAUAAUUUUGAUAGGAAGCGUUCGAAGGCAAAUGCCUCAGUAAUAUUCUGUCAGGUGCUGCUGAAGUUUGUUUCAAUCACACUAUCAGUUAGAGAUAACCAUAGGUAAUUUUAUGAGAUUAUAUUGCUUAAUAGGAAAUCUUUAUUUUUGAUCGGUUCGAAAAAGGGCUAUAAAUUUUAAUAAUAGAAAUGAAAUAUUCAGAAUAAAAAUGUUGUCACCAGACUCUUAUUAAUAACCCCUUAAUCCUCUAGAAAAGUGAUAUGAGGGAGGGACGUAGUUCAGUAUGAUUAAGUCAUUUGUUUAUCUCUAGUAUUUCGAUGCAAUUUGAAUUCAAAAUAUGAAGUUAUUUGGGUUCAAGUUAUCGCGAUAAGUUUCCUGAUUGCGACAGCCUUGUUGUGUUCUACGUAGAGAACGCAUACCAUUCAUGUUCUUUUUCAGUGUCACAGGUUUCAUGAUAUCCCGCAGGUAUCGAUCCGAAGCCAGACCGUUUCAGCUUAUCGACGUCAUUUUGGACCACCUCAAUUUCAUGCAAGAGCUUUAGAUCACGCUGGCCAAGUGAGGUUCCGCAGGUUGACUCGCUUCGGUUUUGACGCCUUGUAGUAAAAUUGCACCCAUUUGAUCAAACGACUAGAUUCAUUACAAAAUUGGGCUUUGAGCCACGCCACAAUUUGCUUUAUGCAAGUAUAAUUCCAAAUAAAACAGUUAGGAAUCACACUUAUCAUAAAGUUCUUGUUUUGGCUGACGCAGUUAGAGAUUUAUCCGGUUGAUUGGAAGCAUUAAGUAAGUUGUUGUUCUUUGUUAGAUGCUUGUAAAAGUCUUAAGGUUAGUGUUCUGAAGUCAAAUUUUUAAUGUUUUAAGGUCAGUUGGCCAGCAUGCCCACUCACCCACGGAUAGUGAAUACCAAUGUGUGUACGUAAGAGUGAGUGGUUGGUGAGAAUCGGAG